AUGUCUUUUUCGACAAAAUUAUUUGCUUGGAUUGCAACUGAUUUYAAGACUACUAUUAUWACUUUAUUUGUCGGUUAUUUKGUCUACAAAUUGGCCAAAUUUUAUUACCGAUAUUACAGUUUACCUCCCGGUCCAUUUCCAUUGCCAAUAUUAGGCAAUAUUUUAUCAUUUAUAUCUAAACAUCAUUGGGACGAAAUAUUUCGACAAUUGUCCAAAAAGUAUGGACCAGUUUUUACUAUAUAUAUGGGGAAUAUUCCAAAUAUCGUUAUCACUGAUGCGGACAUCGCUAGAGAAGCGUUUCGUAAAAAUGAUUUCGCGGGAAGAACUGAGAGCUAUAUCGGUAAUGUAAUAUCAAAUGAAGAGCACAGGGAUAUUGUGUUUGCCGAUUACGGCCACACUUGGGAAGCGUUGAGACGUGUGGCUCAYUCGGCCGUACAAAAAUACUCGACUAAUGAACGKUUAGUGAAUGUUGCCGUCGAUUCKGUCGAUAAAACUAUACAAACAAUGUUAGAAAGAGAUGGUACAGACAAACCUAUCGAUCCAUUUGAUUACAUAUAUCUCAUGUUUCUCAACAUUUUAGCGAACAGUACUUUUGGUGAAAAUUAUACUUUGGAUGAYCCRGAAUUUAGACAUUUAAAGUAUAUGUUUAACGAGUUUCCUAAUGAAUUGGGAUCACGACUAUUGUUGUGGGAAUUUUUACCAYUAAUGCGAUGGAUUGACAAGAAAAUGGUUACAAAACAUUUAGAUAAUAUAAGAUAUACUCAACAAUUGAUGACCAAAAAAUUUGUUAAACAUUACACCGAUUACGACCCGAUUAUUGAACGCGACUUUUGCGAUGCACUCAUUACAGCUAAAAAUGAUGCGCUCCGGGAGGGAAAAGAGUCGGCACCCUAUCUGAAAGAUUCCAAUCUAAUAAUGUGUACGUUUGAUAUAUUUAUUGCCGGCACCGAUACGUCUCAGCGAACAUUUCAAUGGCUUCUCCUAUUUAUGAUUUAUUAUCCGGAUAUACAAACAAAAUUGAGAGACGAAAUUGAAUCACAAAUCGGUGACCGAAUGCCAACACAUGAGGACAGACAGCGAUGUCAUUAUUUGAUGGCAUUUAUUGCUGAAACUAUGAGAUUGAGAAAUGUUGUGCCAAUYGGUGUUCCUCAUAAAGCUGUAGUCACCAGUAAAAUAGGUGACUUUACUAUACCCGAAGAUAUGUCAAUAAUUACACACCAAGGAAUCAUUUUACGGGAUAAUAGCAAAUAUUGGGAUAAAUGCGACGACUUUAUACCCGAGCGCUUCCUCGACAGUGAUGGCAAAUACAUGACAACCCGUUCGCCGGCAUUCAUACCCUUUGGUGUGGGACGUCGUGUAUGUUUGGGCGAGAAGUUAGCCAUCGCUGACCUGUUUCUUGUUUUGGUCCGAUUUCUACAAUCGACWCAAAAAUACGAUUUAGUAUUAGACAGCAAUAUUGACAUUAAACCCGAUCCCAAUAUUGUAAUAAUGUCUAUAUUGACACAAUUGUUUGGAUGGUUUAUAUUAGAUUUUCGGACAACAAUUUUCAGCCUAAUAUUAGGUUAUGUUGUCUAUUAUUUGGCAAAGUUCUACUACCGAUACUCUAGUCUACCUCCCGGUCCCUUUCCAUUACCAAUUUUGGGCAAUUUUCUCUCAUUUAAAACUAAACUUCAUUGGGACACUGUUUUGGAAAAUAUGUCUAAAAAAUAUGGACCAAUAUUUACGGUACAUUUUGGUAAUAAACCGCAUAUUAUGAUCACUGAUGUAGACAUAGCUAGAGAAGCGUUUAGAAAAAAUGAUUUCGCCGGCAGACAAACUGAUUCACAAUUUGGAAGUCUAUUAUCUAAUGAUAAAUAUAAAGAUGUGGUGUUUACCGAUUACGGCCAUACAUGGGAAGCACUAAGACGUGUGGCUCACGCGGCCGUACAAAAAUACUCGACUAAUGAAAGAUUAGUUAACGUAGCCAUCGAUUCAGUGGACAAAACAAUACAGAUUAUUGAGGAUAGAGAGGGAACUGACAGACAGUUUAGUCCAAAUGAUUACAUUUAUCUAAUGUUUCUAAAUAUUUUGGCGAACAGUACUUUUGGACAAAAUUAUAAUGAUAAUGACAAAGAAUUUAAACAAAUUCUAUAUAUUUUGCGUGACUUUAAUCGUGAAGCGGGAACCCGUCUACUACUGUGGGAGUUGUCACCACUAUUUCGUUUAAUUUACCACAAAUGGGUCCAAAAACAAAAUAAAAUGUUCGCCAAAAUGGCAGUCCUUAUGACUGAAAAACUGGAAAACCAUUAUAAAGACUACGACGAGAAUAUUGAACGCGAUUUUUGCGAUGCACUUAUUUCGGCUAAAAAUGAUGCGCUCCGGGAGGGCAAGGAGUCGGCACCGUAUCUAACAGAUCCUAAUCUAGCGAUAACUAUGUUUGACUUGUUUCUUGCCGGAACCGAUACAUCGCAGCGAACUUUCCAUUGGAUUCUACUGUUUAUGGCUUACUAUCCGGAAAUGCAAAAGAAGUUGAAAGAAGAAAUUGAGUCCCAAAUCGGUGACCGAAUGCCAACACAUGAGGACAAACAGCGGUGUCAUUAUGUCAUGUCUUUUAUUGCCGAAACUAUGAGACUAAGGAAUGUCGUGCCUUCAGGAGUACCACAUAGAGCUGUAGUCAGAAGUAAAAUUGAUAAAUACACUCUUGAAGAGGAUUCAUCUGUACUUGUAUUGCAGGGAAAUAUUUUACGAAAUGAGAAAUAUUGGCCAAAAAGUCAGAAUUUCAUACCCGAGCGUUUCCUCGACAGUGACGGCCAUUAUAUUACAACCCGUUCGCCGGCAUUCAUACCCUUUGGUGUGGGACGUCGUGUAUGUUUAGGCGAGAAGUUGGCUAUCGCUGACCUGUUCCUGGUUUUGGUCCGAUUUCUACAAUCGACAAAAAAAUAUGAUAUAGUUUUGGGUGAAAAUAAUGGUAUAAUUCCCGAUCCAGAUCUGACUGAUUCAGUCGUACCGUUUGAAUAUAAAGUUAUAUUCAAAAUUAAAUCACAAUAAUUAUUAAAUAAUUAUAAAUAAAUAAUAA